UAUAUUUAUUUCGAGAUUUAUGACGCCCUAUCUGUACUACAAAUUUUGGGACUACAGAUUCAGAACGACAACAAAAAAUAAAAUUCCCUGCAGCCUGACGGGUAGCGUAUGUGGUAGAUCUUAAACGCAUUCCUGCCGUGGCAGAGUUCUGUCCGCCACCAUGUCUCGCCCGGAAGAUAUCCUCCCCCCCGACCUCCACUACAACGAUGUGGAGGCACGCAAAUACACCACCUCCUCCCGUAUCCAGAACAUCCAGGCCUCCAUGACCAACCGCGCCCUGGAACUCCUCGACCUCGACACCCCCGCCAUGAUCCUCGAUAUCGGCUGCGGCUCUGGACUCUCCGGCGAGAUUGUCAGCUCAGUGGAGGAGGAGUAUGGCGGCCAACACAUAUGGGUUGGCAUGGACAUCUCGGCUUCUAUGCUGGAUGUCGCCCUCCAGCGCGAUGUCGAAGGCGACCUGAUGCUCGCGGAUAUUGGCCAGGGCGUCCCAUUCCGCGCUGGAACGUUCGAUGCGGCGAUAUCGAUUUCCGCUAUCCAGUGGCUCUGUAAUGCCGAAAGUAGCGACGUUUCACCAACGGGCCGACUAUCGAGGUUUUUCAACGGGUUAUAUGCUAGCUUAAAACGAGGAGGGAGAGCGGUGUGCCAGUUUUACCCCAAGAACGAUCAGCAGCGAACCAUGAUCAGCGGAGCCGCGAUCAAGGCUGGGUUUGGCGCGGGUAUCCUUGAAGAUGACCCCGGAACCAAGAAUGCCAAGUUAUAUCUUGUUCUUACCGUUGGUGGUGCUGCGACAGAGGGUGCUGGCGGCGAUAUUACUGGUGUGGUCAAGGGAAUGGAAGGUGUUGACGUUGUGGACGCACGAAGGCAGCACCAGGCACAUAAGAGGAAAGAGGCAAAGAAGGGCUCAAAAGCAUGGAUUCUCAACAAAAAGGAGCAAAUGGAGCGGAAGGGCAAGGUCGUCAAGGCGUCCAGCAAGUAUACGGGGAGAAAGAGACAUAUUACAUUCUAGAUGGUGCUGUGUUAGCUGGGGGCGUGUUGGCGUUGGCAGGGGUCAUUUAUCAUACAUUUUCUCAGUAUUUCCAGAUUGCUCGACCAAUAUUCCCACGUGCAAGGAUCGUGCAUUUGGCAAAGAAAGGUUGUGGCAGUCUCUCAACUACCAAAGUUAUUAUGCAGUCGCUCAACUACCAAAGCCACUUCACAGUCUCUCAACUACUAGAGCUAUUACCUAGUCGCUCACCUACUGAAGCCACUGCACAAUCUAUUUGAUAUGAAUGGCGACGUCCUUUAGUCACAGCUCUAAG